CAACACGGGCGUCCGCGUGUGCGGGUUUUUUUGAGUUUGAGUCGCGGUGCCUCGGCGGUACCUGCGUCCCGCGCUGAGAUGCUGACCCCUGCGUUCGACCUCAGUCAGGACUCCGACUUCCUGACGGUCGCCAUCCGCGUGCCCUACGCCCGGGUCUCGGAGUUCGACGUCUAUUUCGAAGGCGUGGACUUCAAGUUCUACGCCAAGCCGUACUUUCUCAGGUUAAACCUUCCUGGAAGGGUUGUAGAAAAUGGAAGCGAGCAAGGGUCCUAUGAUGUAGACAAAGGAAUUUUUACCAUUCGAUUGCCCAAGGAAACUCCUGGCCAGCAUUUUGAGGGGCUAAACAUGUUAACUGCUCUUCUGGCACCAAGAAAACCUAGGAUGGCCAAACCACUUGUGGAGGAAAUAGGUGCAACUGAAGUUUCUGAGGAAGUAGCUGAAGAUGAUGAUGAAGAGUUUGACUGGGAAAUUGAGCAGACCCCUUAUGAAGAGGUAUCAGAAAGUUCUUUGCACCCUCAGUGCCACUAUGGAUUUGGCAACCUACGAUCAGGAGUGGUUCAGCGGUUACAGGAUGAACUGAGUGAAGUUCUUGAUGUUAAGGAUCCAGAUUUCACCCCUGCAGCUGAGCGAAGGCAGAAGCGACUGGCUGCUGAGCUGGCCAAAUUUGAUGCAGAUCAUUAUCUAGCUGACUUCUUUGACGAUGAGGCAAUUGAACAGGUUUUGAAGUAUGAUCCUUGGUGGAAUGACACAUAUUCAAAAAUGAUGGCCUCUUUGGGAGAGAAUAAGAAGCAAGACGAUAAUGCUGCAUUAGUGUGUUUUUCUGAAGAGGAGAAAUAUCAACUACGAAAAUUUGUCAAUAAAUCUUACCUGCUGGACAAGAACGCCCAUCGUCAGGUGUACUACAGUUUAAUUGAUAUCCUUCUGGCGUAUUGCUAUGAAAUUCGAGUCACAGAAGGCGAGCAGAACGUGGAGUCUGCAUGGAAUAUUAGAAAACUGAGUCCAACCCUGUCCUGGUUUGAGACUUGGACUAAUGUUCAUGAAAUUGUGGUGUCUUUUGGAAGAAGAGUUUUGUGCUACCCACUCUAUCGCCAUUUCAAGCUGGUGAUGAAGGCCUACAGGGACACUGUAAAGGUACUGCAACUAGGUAAGAAUGCUGUUUUGAAGUGCCUCCUGGAUAUUCACAAAAUUUUUCAGGAAAAUGACCCAGCUUAUAUACUGAAUGAUCUCUAUAUCUCAGACUACUGUGUGUGGAUCCAGAAAACCAAGUCCAAAAAGUUGACCGCUCUUGCAGAAGCUUUAAGAGAAAUCUCCCUCACGAAGGCCCAGCUGGGGUUGGAGCUAGAGGAACUGGAAGCAGCAGCACUUCUGGUCCAGGAGGAAGAGACUUCAGGAAAAAUGGUCCAAUCCAGUCCUGGCUCCAGUCCUGAGUCCACUGACUCAGAGGUGUCAGCAUCAGACAGUGCCACAUCAUCUAGCAGCGAGGACUCGGCUUCAGAGGGCGAGGAGCCCGAGGGGGACCAGUCAGCACCUGUCACUUCUUUGCGAGGCCCCUUUUUGGAGGAAGGCAGCACCCUGCUUAUCAGCAAUGGUGGAGUCUGCAGAAACACUGCUGACCAGGGGGCUGAGGUCAGCCAGGGACUGCUACUGGCCUCUUCUUGUGCUCCUGGGGAACGCCGGCCUCUGAUCCAGGAGCUUGGGGAUCAGCUGAGCACCACACUUCAGGUUUCCGUACCCCACAGCACCACGCUGGGAGGCACAGCAGUAUACGGGACAGAGGUGGGGACAGAUGCCCAGUGAUGGACUUGAGUGGGUUGUUCACCGGAGGAGUUUAAGUCAGAUGUGGUUUCAUCUGCUGACUUACAGUCUGCAUAUUCACCGUGUCCUCUUCUUUGUAUCUAUACAGCAUCGUUUUUCACUUUAUUGAAAAAUAAAAGUGCUAUGGUUUUUUUUUCCCAAAGUGUAGCUAAUAUUUAAAGAUGAAAAGAAUAGUCCUGCUGCCACACACUCUAGUAUGGAGAGCCCAUUACUGUUUGCAUUUUAGCUUCACUGAGGUGGACCUGACAUGUAGGAAAGUGCUCGGAAACAGUGACAUGACACCAGGUGAGGCCAUUGCCACCCCAAAGUAAUGUCCUUCCCCAUCAUCCCAGGUGCCCGUGGGCCCCUUUGUUAUUCUUCCCUUCCAACUGGCCACAUGCCACCCUGCUUUCCCCAGGAAGCUGCUAAUCUGCUGUGUGCAAUACAUUAGCAUGCAUGUCCUAGAUAAAAUAUACAAUGUGUACUUUUUUCCCCACUCCAUACAUGAAU